AUGUCGCCUGGACCUCCUGAUCUCUUGGAUAUUCCUGGUAAACGAGCCACAUUCACUUCCGGUAGUGAAGAAGAGAUUCGGCUCGGAUCCAGAGUCACCUUCAACGAUCAAUCGGUUAACAUUGAAGGUGUCGACUUCCAGAUGAAUGAGGCAAGCAAUCAGUCCGCCACGUUUCAUGAUGAUGAACACGUUCAAAAACGCGAGCAAUGGGAUAACAAAACACAAUUCUACAUGGGUGUUGUCAGCUAUGCCGUUGGAUUAGGAAACGUAUGGCGGUUCCCAUACUUAUGUCAGAAAAACGGCGGUGGAGCGUUCUUGAUUCCAUAUGUGAUUAUGAUGGUCCUACUUGGUUUGCCUUUGUUUUUGAUUGAAUUGGGUAUUGGACAGCGAUUACGAACUGGUCCAAUGGGUGUGUGGAAUGCAAUUCAUCCUUACCUCGGAGGUCUUGGUGUAUCAGCCGCUGUUGUUUCUUAUCUAGUAGCUCUUUACUACAAUGUAAUCAUCACCUGGUGUUUGUACUACCUCAAGGAAUCAUUCGCACUUAAUCUUCCGUGGGGAUCGUGUCCGCGGAGUGACAAUGGAACGAUAGAUAAGGAGUGCGCCAUGUCCUCAUCAACUACCAUGUACUUUUGGAACAGACAGGCUCUCGACACGACUGGGAGUAUAGGCGAUCUGGACAGUUUCAAUCAGCACAUUACAAUAUCCUUGAUUGUUGCUUGGUUCUUGAUCUACCUCUGCGUGAUGAAAGGAAUCAAAAGCAGUGGAAAGGCUGCUGAAGGAACUGGUCUAGCAUUCGUCGUAUUUACCGAAGCAAUUCUGAAGUUUCCAUUUCCACCAGCUUGGUCGAUCCUCUUCUUCUUGAUGCUUCUUUCUCUCGGUCUCGGAAGCAUGUUUGGUACUCUCGAGGGUGUAAUCACUUCUUUGAAUGACUCGCAUUUAAUAACCGUCACAAAGCCAGUGCUCACAGCAGUACUUUGUGCGUCAGCUUGCCUCGUCGGACUGCUUUUUUCAACCCGAGCCGGACAGUACUGGGUAGCUCUUUUCGACUCAUUCGCUGGCUCUUACGCGCUGAUGUGCGUAGCCUUUUUCGAGGUGAUCGCAGUAGUGUAUGUGUACGGAUAUAGACGCUUCUCCCGGGAUAUUGACUUUAUGACUGGUUCGACUCCUGGCCAGUACUGGUUGAUAACCUGGCGUUUUGUCGCGCCGAUCAUCAUGGCUGUGUUAUUCACUUGCAGCGUUGUGCAGAGUUUCUCGAGGCCAACUACAUAUUAUGCAUACGACAAAGAAACGACGAAGCUCAAGGAAACCGAAUAUCCUAUAUGGGCGAUGUUCAUCGCUUUGGGUAUGGUACUGCUGGCAAUCCUACCCACAUUUAGCGUCUGGUUCUUGCGAUACUUCAAGAUCUGGAAACUUGAAGCAGACAUUCCUGCGGCGUCGAAGUGUUUGGGUACAACACAAAGCACGACGUACAUGUUGAAGAGUGAGCAAAGCUUCAAUCGGAUGACAGAAUCGAAUGUUUCUGUGGCUGAAAUGGAGCCUAUCACAACAACUCGUUAG